UUUAAUUUCGUUAAUUCAACCUUCAUUAUUUGUUUAUUCACUACUUUUAAACAACACAUCAUAUUUCGCGCUUUUCAGUGUCAUCUCUCUCAUUGAAAUUUCUAGAUUACAAAAGUCCCUAGCCACAAGCGUGAAAAUAUAAAAAAAAUAUUAAAAAAGGCAAAAAAAGUUCUGAGCAUAACGUAAACAAAAACACACAGUUGCAAGAUAAGCAGCCGGUGUUAAAAAUGCUCGUUCAAGGAAAGUCUUUCAUCCAGCCUCUCUGAUAGGAGAGAAAAAAGCGCUUCCCAACAAGCAACUGCUGCUCGGCAGUCACAAGAGAGCAACAAUGGCUCGAGCACUGGAUGGCUACAGCAAUUUGAAGAAAUUAAAGUCGUUUCUCACAGUAACCGGGGGUGCAGCUAUAUUCUUCACUGGUUACUCGCUUCAGCAGGGAAACGAGAAGUUUUACGACAACGUGGCCAUGCCUUUGGCGAGGCUCAUUAAUCCUGAAGUCGCUCAUCGAAUAGCAGUGGUCACAACCAAGCUGGGACUGUCACCUGUUCAGAAAACCAGUGAUCCACCUGUGCUCAAGACCACCCUUUGGGGCCUGGAGUUUGAAAAUCCCCUUGGAAUGGCUGCUGGAUUUGACAAGCAUGCAGAAGCUGUUCAAGGCCUUUGUAAAAUGGGCUUUGGAUUUGUUGAAAUCGGCUCAGUAACUCCAGAACCACAGCCAGGCAAUCCAAAACCUCGAGUAUUUCGGUUACCCGAGGAUAAAGCACUCAUCAACCGAUACGGUUUCAACAGCGAGGGUCACGAAGUCGUGCACAAACGCUUACAGAAUCUCAAGCAAUCCAAAGAUUUUCAGGGCAUUAUUGGAGUCAAUCUGGGGAAAAACAAAACAUCAGAGGAUGCUGCACACGAUUAUGUCUCGGGCAUACUCCGAUUUUCAGAUGUUGCGGAUUACUUUGUUGUUAACGUCUCGAGUCCCAAUACACCGGGUCUGCGGAGUUUGCAGGCAAAGAAGGAGCUGGAAGAGUUGUUGACGAGGGUAAACGAGGCGAGACAAAAGACAGAGAGAAAACCGCCACUGUUGUUGAAAAUUGCACCCGAUCUGACAUCAGAAGAAAAAAAGGAUAUCGCGGAGGUCGUACUUGGAAAAGAAACCCGCACUGAUGGCAUUAUCGUUUCCAAUACGACCUUAAGUAGAGACAACCUUCAAAAUCCGCACAAAAACGAAGCUGGUGGUUUAAGUGGCGCUCCACUUGGCGAACUAUCUACUGGUACGAUUGCCGAUAUGCAUCGGCUAACGUCCGGUAAACUUCCUAUUAUAGGCGUGGGUGGCAUCUUCGAUGGUGCGAGUGCUUAUUCCAAGAUCAAAGCAGGUGCCUCGCUUAUCCAGAUUUAUACAUCGUUUGCAUACCAUGGCCCUCCUAUUGUUUCCAAGAUUAAACGUGAACUUGCUGCGUUGUUAGAACAGGAUGGCUGUACAUCUGUGGCCGAAGCAGUUGGCAAAGAGUACAAACAGUCACUGGCCAUGGCUCAGUAAUAGUCUAUUACUUAAUGAGAAUUUUAUUUUCGUUGAAACUAGACAAACUUUUAUAGCCAUGAUUUUGCAAUGUUACUUAUUUUUAUACAAUGGGAUAUUAACAAUACACCAGUCAUAUGAAGUAAGCAUGUACAUAGAAUUUAAAGGUGACAUUUUUACACGAAAAUUGUACAUACAUUGUUAAGGAUGUUGUAAAUUUUUUUUCAAUAAAAAAAAGUAUUUUAAAUUUUCAUUGUUACAACGUCCAAUUUACUUCAAAGUGUCAAGCGAGGUGAUUGUAAAACA